AUGGCCAAGCCCAAUCACAUCCCAUUCUUCCUCCUGGCCUUCCUCCUCGUGUGCGAUCCCUCCUCAAUUCUCUUCAGCCGCGGCCAGCUCUUGCCCAUAGUUGAUGAACCAACAAGAGACAACAUUAGCAAGGUUCCUAUCUACAUUGUCCACGUACUAAAGCCCGAUGGCACCGACUUCCUCUCCGCUGAAGAGCAGGAAAACUGGUACAAGUCCUUCCUGCCCUCCACCCGCCUAGAAACUGGCGAGCCGCGGUUGGUCUACUCCUACACUCAUGUGAUGAGCGGAUUCGCCGCGAGGCUAACCCCUGAGGAAGUCCGUGCCAUGGAAGACAUGGAGGGGUUCUUGCACGCCUACCCGGACCAGGAGUUUGAGCUCUUCACGACGUACACGCCGAGCUUGCUGGGGCUAAAUGGGUGGCAGAGCCUCUGGCGGAACUCCAGUUACGGCGAAGGCGUGAUCGUCGGGGUGAUCGACAGCGGGAUCCACCCCACCCACCUUUCAUUCCAAGACAACGGAAUGCCACCCCCGCCGCUAAAGUGGAGGGGCAGCUGUUAUUUUAGCCGAGGGACCUGCAACAAUAAGCUCAUCGGGGCCAUGGCAUUUCGAGGUGGAGCCAACCCCUCGCCACUGGACGACAUCGGCCAUGGCACGCAUGUGGCGAGCACGGUGGCAGGGAGCUUGGUCCCCGAUGCCAACGUCCUCGGCCAAGCCUGGGGCAAUGCGGUGGGCAUCGCACCACGCGCUCACAUUGCCGUUUACAAGGUCUUGUUCAAUAAUGUUGGCUCACAGAGUGAUAUCCUUGCCGGCAUAAACCAAGCCAUCGCCGAUGGCGUCGAUGUGCUCCAAAUGUCCCUGGGCUUAGUCUCUCUCCCACUCUUCGAAAGUGUCAAUCUAGGCUCUUUUGCAGCCAUUCAGCGCGGAAUAGUCCCUUGCGCUGCCGCCGGCAACUCGGGCCCGUACAGGAGCGUAAUCGCCAACGAUGCCCCCUGGGUCCUGACCGUCGGGGCGGCCACCACGGAUCGAAGAAUCGCAGCCACGGUGAAGCUUGGGGAUGGCACGGAAUUGAAUGGCGAAUCUGCUUACCAACCAAGUGGGCUCCUCAACCAAAUGCCAAUUGUGUAUCCGGGAGACAAUGGCAUUAAGGACUACAAGGAGUGCAAAACACUGUAUGGGAUCAAUGUCAGAGGUGCGAUUGUCUUGUGUUGGGGGCAAGCGAUUGGAGGAAAUGCUGCCAUGGGCCAGAUAGUUAAGGCUGCCGGAGGGGCCGCCAUGAUCGUUAUGAACGAUCAGUUCCAAGCGCUCACCACUGCAGCGGAAACCCACGUCCUUCCGGCAGUCCAUGUGAGCUCUCGAAAUACUGGGAGGAUUCUAAACUACAUUUAUUCAACACUCACACCGACGGCGACCAUUGAAUUCAAAGGGACGCUGUUCGGAGUCCGCCGGAACCCGGCGGUCGCUACCUUCUCCUCGAGAGGUCCGAGCUUGGUGAACGGCGGCAUUAUAAAGCCGGAUAUAAUCGCGCCGGGUGUGAACAUUCUUGCUGCAUGGCCCGGCAACACCAACACCUUCAAUUUCCUCAGCGGCACCUCCAUGGCGACGCCGCAUGUCUCGGGGAUCGUUUCUUUACUCAAGAAGAUCCAUCCAGGAUGGACACCGGCUGCGAUCAAGUCGGCGAUCAUGACGACGGCAUACACUCAAGAUUUUAAUGGGAAUUUCAUCGCCGACCAAUUCCCUGAUACCAACCCCCGUAGCAGCUACUUCGCUAUGGGUGCGGGGCAUGUGAAUCCUGCAGCGGCAGCAGAUCCAGGCCUUGUUUACGACAUCGAUGAAAGCGAGUAUGUCGCCUAUCUCUGUGGCACCGGAUUUUCGAAUAGACAAGUCACCAUUAUCGCCGGUCGUCGCAUCAACUGUUUUACUCACGUCCAAAUGACCGCAGAGCAACUGAACUACCCCUCUAUCUCGCUGGCUCUAGGAGCCGGUGCAACAACGAUCGUUAACAGGACGGUGACGAACGUAGGAGAGGCCAACUCGGUUUACUCGGUGCAGAUUGAUGAGCCUAGUGGUGCAGCAGUUGAUGUUUCUACUAAUCAGCUGUCUUUCUCUUAUGUGGGUGAGAAGCAGAGCUAUCUUAUCCGGUUUAGAGCCAGAAACACCACUCCAACACCUGGUUCGGUCACCGAAGGACAGCUUUCAUGGGUUUCAAACGAGCACGUUGUAAGAAGUCCCAUCGCCGUCACCUUCGCAUGA